AUGGAAGAGCAAAAGCGCGGCAUGGAUGCGGCUGCAGUGACAGUCCCUCCUAUGGUGACAAGUGAGAGCAACAGGAUUUCCAUCAUCAUUUCCCCAAGUGUCAGCUCACAUCCACAUGAUGAUCCUGCCGAAUCCUCUGAUGCUCAUGCAACUCAUUAUUACCGAUGGAAUCAAGGCUUACCGAAGAUAAAAGCAGUUCCUCUCAUCAAGAAGGUGAUUGCUGAGUUCCUUGGCACAUUCAUACUGAUCUUCACCGUGCUUUCCACCAUAAUCAUGAAUGAGCAGCAUGAUGGAGUUGAGAGCCUGCUCGGCAUCGCAACAUCCGCAGGUUUAGCCGUCACGGUUCUAGUACUGUCCCUCAUACACAUAUCCGGCUGCCACCUGAACCCGGCAGUUAGCAUCGCCAUGACCGUGUUUGGCCACCUCCCACUUGCUCACCUCCUACCUUACAUGACUGCACAAAUCCUGGGCUCCAUUGCUGCUUCCUUCAGUGUCAAGGGCAUCUAUCAUCCAGUGAACCCUGGGAUUGCCACCAUACCAAAGGUUGGCACUACUGAAGCUUUCUUCCUUGAGCUCAUCACGACAUUCGUGCUUCUGUUCAUCAUCACCGCUCUGGCCACGGACCCCCAUGCUGUGAAAGAGCUGAUAGCAGUGGCAGUUGGCGCAACAAUCAUGAUGAAUGCUCUUGUAGCAGGACCAUCAACAGGAGCAUCGAUGAAUCCUGCACGGACACUUGGUCCGGCAAUUGCCACAGGAAGGUACACCCAGAUUUGGAUCUACAUGGUGGCAACACCUCUGGGUGCUAUAGCUGGGACUGGAGCUUAUGUUGCAGUUAAGCUGUAGGUACCAAAAGGGAACGUGUGACUCUCAGAGCAAGCUGAUACGACCACAAUGUAAAUACAUCAAAAUUCUUUGACUUCAUGGUCAAGUGGAAAGAUUAGAUGCCCAAUGAACAGCGUUAAUUUUCAUCGUGUAGUUUGAACAGCUGAACAGUUCUGAAUUUUCCUCCUUUUCUGUUUACUUCAAUUGUAAUUUGUACAUGUGUGUACUACUAUUCUUCAGCUCUUAGCUGAUCUCAUUGAUUCUUAUCGAAGAACUUGUUUAGUCGCAUCUCACUAGUUCAUGAACAGAUUCCAAUAACGGUAUGUUGUGCUACAAAAACAAAAUGGAAG